GAGCCUGCACGGUGUCAUUCUGAGAGGUUCAUGGCUCUUUAAAGUGUUUUCAGCGAUAACCAGAGGUUAAAAUGUCGCUUUCCACCGCCCGCUCCUUCCUCUCUGAGGCUUGCUAUGGCGAGCAGGAGCUGGACGCGAACUCCGCUCUCAUGGAGCUGGACAAAGGGCUGCGGUCUGGAAAGCCAGGGGAGCAGUGCGAGGCGGUGGUCCUGUUCCCCAAACUGUUCCAGAAGUACCCCUUCCCCAUCCUCAUCAACUCUGCCUUCCUCAAGCUGGCUGACAUCUUCAGGCUGGGCAACAACUUUCUGCGCCUCUGUGUGCUCAAAGUGACUCAGCAGAGCGAGAAGCACUUGGAGAAGAUUCUCAACGUGGACGAAUUUGUGAAGCGGGUGUUUUCAGUCAUUCAUAGCAACGAUCCCGUGGCCAGAGCGAUCACUCUGAGGAUGCUUGGCAGCUUGGCCUCCAUCAUCCCCGAGAGGAAGAACGCCCACCACAGUAUUCGUCAGAGCCUGGACUCUCACGACAAUGUGGAAGUGGAGGCUGCGAUCUUCGCCGCUGCGAGCUUCUCUGCACAGUCUAAAGAUUUUGCAGCAGGAAUUUGCAACAAAGUCAGUGAAAUGAUUCAAGGUUUGGACAAUCCGGUGGAGCUGAAGCUGAAGCUGAUCCCCAUGCUGCAGCACAUGCAUCACGAUGCCAGCUUGGCCUCCAGCAGCAGAGAGCUCCUGCAGGACCUGGUCAACUCUUACCCCUCCACCCCGAUGGUCAUCGUCUCUCUGCACACCUUCACGCAGCUGGCGGCUUCCUCCCUCAUCGACAUCCCCAAGCAGUUACAGCUUCUCCUUCAAUACCUGAAAGAUGAUCCGAGACAAGCAGUGAAACGACUGGCUGUGAACGACCUGAAGUUCCUGGCGAAAAAAGCUCCUCACCUGUGGCUCAGAGAAAACACCCAGACCCUGUGCGAAUGUGCUUUGGCCGUCCCGUACAACAGCUUGAAGCUGGGAAUGCUGUCCGUCUUAUCCACCCUCUCAGGAACUAUUGCAAUCAAACAGUAUUUCAGCAGCAUGACAGGUGGCUCCUCGGUUCCUCCACGGCUCACUGACCUGGUUAAACUGGCACAGGAAUGUUGUUACCAUAGCAACCUGGCCGUGGCGGCUCACGGGGUCAUCGUGCUCUCCAACAUCGCCAUUUCUUGUCCGGAAAAAGACGUGGUGCAGCUGGAGCAGGACACGGUGUUGGGGGUGGAGUCGCUUCUGAUGCUCUGCAGCCAGGACAGCAGCUCCAGUGCUCAGGCAACACUCAAAACGGUCCUCACCUCACUGGUCAAGCUGCUGAAGAGCCGGCCCAACCUCAGCCAGUCGGCCGUGGACUUCCUGCUGGGCCAGCUCCACCUGUCCUGCGACUCGUCCCGCGUCCUCAUGUGCCACGCCCUGUCGGCCAUCGCCACCCACCUGCCCGUGCUGGGCGACGGCAUGCUGGGAGAUCUGGUGGACCUGUACCGAGUGGCCAGCCACUCCUCCACCGACAAGCAGCAGGAGCUCCUGGUUUCCCUGGCAACAGUGAUUUUUGUUGCUAGCCAGUCGUCUCUUUCGGCUGAAGUAAAAACCGUCAUCAAACAGCAGCUGGAGAACGUCGCAAAUGGCUGGACGGUGUAUCGCAUCGCUCGCCAGGCCUCCCGCAUGGGAUGCCACGAGUUCUCCAGCGAGCUGUACCAGUGCCUGCGGACCCGCGUGGCGUCGGAGCACUUCUACUUCUGGCUGAACAGCCUGAAGGAGUUCUCCCAGGCCGAGCAGUGCCUGACUCACGUGGAGGACGGAGACUACAGCGGCGCCAUGACCGCCAUCGCGGAGGCCCUGCGCUCCUACCAGAAAGGCAUCGCCUCCCUCACGGCUGCCAGCACUCCUCUGAGCCCGCUCACCUUCCAGUGCGACUUCAUCAAGCUGCGGAUCGACACCCUGCAGGCCCUCUCGCAGCUCAUCUGCACCUGCAACAGCCUGAAGACCAGCCCCCCUCCGGCCAUCGCCACCACCAUCGCCCUCACCUCGGGGAACGACCUGCAGCGGUGCGGCCGCAUCUCCAUGCAGAUGAAAGUGUGCAUGGACGAGUUCAGAAGUCUCGCCGCCCGCUACGCCGAUCUGCACCAGUCCUCCUUCGACGCCGAUUACGCCACCCUCCGCAACGUGGAGCUACAACAGCAGAGCUGCCUGCUCGUCUCCCACGUGAUCGAAGCUUUGAUACUGGAUCCGCAGACGGCCGGUUUCCAGGACUACGGCACCCUGGGCUCGGUCCAGACCGAGAGCGAAUACGAGCGGCGCAUGACGUCGGUCUUCAACCGCGUGCUGGAGGAGGUGGAGAGCCUCGGCAAGAAGCACCCUCCCGUUUCACACCUGCACACCAGUUGUCUGUGUGACGCCGUCAUAGCCCUGCUGAAGGUGCCGCUGUCUUUCCAGAGAUAUUUCUUCCAGAAGCUCCAGUCGACCAGCAUCAAGCUCGCCCUGUCUCCAUCUCCGCGCACGCCAAGCGAGCCGAUCCCCGUGCAGAACAACCAGCAGCUGACCCUGAAGGUGGAGGGCGUGGUGCAGCACGGCUCCACCCCGGGCCUCUUCAGGAAGAUUCAGUCCGUCUGCCUCAACGUCACCUCGGUCCUCCAGAGCAAGACCGGGCCCGACUACAAGAUUCCACUGGAAGCCAAAAUGAACGAGAUCGAGCAGCGCGUGGAGCCUCACAACGACUACUUCAGCACGCAGUUCCUGCUGAACUUCUCCAUCCUGGGCACGCACACCGUCACCGUGGAGGCGUCCGUGGUGGACGAGAGCGGAAUCGAGUGGAAGACGGGCCCCAAAACCACCGUGUCCGUCAAGUCUCUGGAGGAUCCGUACUCCCAGCAGCUCCGCCACCAGCUGCAGCAGGGCGGAGCGCAGCCCGCACCGCAGAGGAGCGCAUACGCUCGCUUCUAGUCUCCGGGCUCCAGUCUCACUGAUAAUGUUCUCGACUCCUU